AUGAUUUGCAUUGAGUGCAUGGAGCCCGUGCGGUCGCUGUAUACGCGAUACUCUAGAUCUAAUGUGUCUAACAUCCGGCUGACCGCUUGUCCGCGGUGCAACAAAUUUGCCGACAAAUAUAUUGAGUACGACUCUGUGCUAGUUUUUGUGGACGUGAUUCUGCUUAAACCUCAAGCCUACCGACACCUUGUGUUUAACGUCUUCACACGCGAAAAACAGGUCUGGGGGUCUGCGCCGGUUUCUAGUACAUCAACGCCUUCCUCUACUGCCAUACAAACCCACCAACAUCACCAAUCAAACCAACAACAUCUACCACAUCAACAACAACAACAACAACAACAACAACAACAAUCCACGUCGCUGCCGGAAUCACCCAAUACACCGACCUCCCAUCUCCACGAACCUGCAUCUCCGACCCACUCUCUCCACACCACGCGCCGCCGGUCGUCGUCGUUCUUGUGGCCCCUCAGAGUGCCACUUAUUUCCGGCCUCCAUGUCCAAGCUCAGCGCCUAUGGCUGCUAGUGACUCUGUUUGAUGUAUACUUGACUUGGGCACGCGCCGAGCAACGCCGAGCUGAGGAUGCACGGUAUGUCCCAGUGCUUGCACUGCCCGUGCUGGCCCAAUACUCAUCGUUUCUCGUACUGUGUUUGGCUGAAAGUCUGGCCACACAUUGCGUGCUACGCGCUCUGGCCAUCCAUGUGCUGCGCUGGCGCGGCGCCGCACGAAUUGGUCUGCAUCAGCCAAAGCCAAAGCCAAAGCCAAAGCUAAAGCCAAAUCCAAAGUCAAACAUUGAGACUGAAACUGAGGCUGAAACUGAGACUGAGACUGAUGGUCAGGUAUUAGAAGAAGAAGAUAAUUCUGAAAAAACAGUGGCUGCGGCAAAGGCUGCCCUCUCAACUGCUCUUCUUAUCUCAUCUUCUUCAAAACUUUUCCCGAUCCUCAUGGUAAUCUGGUCCUACGAUGUCCCAUUUGCUGCAACUGUGCUCGGCUGGGCAGUCUCGUUCAAUACUAUAGAAGCCCUUACCAUUAUUCUUCAAUGCGGGUACUUGCGCGCAGGUCUUAUGACCGCCGCGGCGGCUGCAGUCCGCAACAUUUUGUGCGACCACGUCGUGCUUCCUCUUCUCAAAAUAUUUUGGCAAUACGUAUUGUAA